CCCAUGUUUGGGGGACAUUUUCUCCCCCUUUUUUUAAUAUAAUGACAAUUUUUUUCUAACCAGAAGAUAAAGGAGGAUAAAUGCUGUGAAGAUGUAGAAGAGAGGUUCUGGAGGUCCUGCACAAAUUAAUGACUUGAAAGGGUGCCCUGUUGCUGCCUGUGGAAGUGGUACAACAUGGCUUACAGUGUGACUCUGAAUGGACCUGGACCGUGGGGCUUCCGACUGCAAGGGGGCAAGGACUUCAACAUGCCCUUGACCAUCUCCAGAAUCACCCCUGGCAGCAAGGCAGCACAGUCACAGAUGAACCAGGGGGACCUUGUCGUGGCCAUUGAUGGAGUCAACACUGACAGCAUGACCCACCUGGAGGCCCAGAACAAGAUCAAAUCAGCCAGCCACAACCUGAGCCUCACUCUGCAGAAAUCUAAACGUCCAGUGCCAGUUUCAACGACAGCUCCCAGAAUUGACUCUCCCAGGGCUAUAAUUCCCCAUCAGAAGGAACCUGCUUGGGAAAUCAAUGGCAACAGAACAACCUUCAGCCCUCUAACUAACACGGCGACUGGGCCUAUGGGUAGUGUUUUAGCAACCAAUGGAACCUUUUCAGGCUACCUCAACCAGCAAGAGAUCAGCCUUUCAAAUAGCUCUUCCUACCUAAAGACUACCACAGUUAGAUCUUCCAUGUCCUCUCAGUCUGUGACUCCUGACAUUUCACCUGCCAAGAGCACGUUAGGUUCCAAAGCAAGCCCUGCUCUGGCUGGUGGCAGUAGCCCUGCACACCAGCUGAGCCCAGCGAGGCAGUAUAACAACCCCAUUGGCCUUUACUCAGCAGAGACCCUGAGGGAAAUGGCUGAGAUGCAUAAAUUGAGUCUCAACCGAAGGGCUUCGGAAGGUGGACUUCCUAGAGGCACGGACUUCACGGAGCGUUUCAACCCCAAUGUCCUGAAGGACUCUGCCCUGUCUACCCACAAACCCAUUGAGGUGAAGGGCCUUGGCGGCAAGGCUACCAUAAUUCACGCGCAGUAUAACACCCCGAUCAGCAUGUAUUCCCAGGAUGCUAUCAUGGAUGCAAUUGCAGGCCAGGCACAAGCCCAGGGUGGAGAAUUUGCUGGUGCCCUCCCUAUAAAGGAUCCUCAUGUAGACAGUGCCUCUCCAGUGUAUCAGGCUGUGCUUAAAACUCAGAACAAGCCUGAGGAUGACAGUGAGGACUGGAGCCGUCGCUCUGCCAACCUGCAGUCCAAGUCCUUCCGCAUCCUUGCCCAGAUGACUGGAACCGAGUACAUGCAAGAUCCAGAUGAAGAAGCCCUGAGGAGGUCAAGAGACAAGGAAAACCUUGCAGCAGCAUCAGAAAACAGUACCCCUGUUGAGCAUGCCCCGGUGGCUCCCAGUUCUGCUGCUCCUGCACCACAUGCUUCAGCACCUCAGCCUGCUACUGCUGCUCCAAACACAGCCAGCCUGAUGACAGCACCAGCCACCACCUCAGUAGUGCAAGAGUCUUUCUCAUCCUCCUUCCAAAGAGUUCUUGCAGCCCCCAGCUCUCUUUCCCAGCCUAAGCCUUUCCACGGGCCCAAGAACAUGUCAUUAGCAGCUUCCACUAUUUCAUCUGCUAUCUCAUCUCAGUCUAGUUUCAACCGGCAUUCUUCCACCUCCAUCAGCUACCAGUCAAAGCAGAGAAACACAACCCAGUCAUAUACACCAAUGCCAGUUUCUGGAAGCUACAGUGAAAGUCCUGCUCCUUCUGCUGCUUCAAAAAUGAGAGUUGUUACUACUGCCAGCAUAAAGCCCUCUGUCUACCAGCCAGCGCCAGCACCAGUUCAUUCCUACACCCCUGCCAACACGGAGCCUGCGAGUCGCCCUCCCUGGGUAACAGAUGACUCCUUUUCUCAGAAAUUUGCACCUGGAAAAUCCACCACCACUGUCACAAAGCACAUCCUACCAAGGGGUCCUCCAGUGCUAUCUCCUGCCACAAUUUCUGCUUACCCGUCUCCAGUUUCAACUUCUUCCCAGCCCCCUGCAUUAACCCGGGGAACAGUUCAGAGGGCGGAGCGUUUUCCAGCCAGCAGCCGAACUCCUCUCUGCGGGCACUGUAACAGCAUCAUUCGAGGUCCUUUCCUGGUAGCCAUGGGUCGCUCUUGGCACCCAGAAGAAUUCAAUUGUGCUUACUGCAAGACAUCCUUGGCUGAUAUGUGCUUUGUGGAGGAGCAGAACAGUGUGUACUGUGAGCGCUGCUAUGAACAGUUCUUCGCACCAACCUGUGCCAGGUGCCACACCAAGAUUAUGGGGGAGGUGAUGCAUGCUCUGAGACAGACUUGGCACACAAGUUGCUUUGUCUGUGCUGCUUGUAAGAAGCCGUUUGGGAAUAGCCUGUUCCACAUGGAGGAUGGGGAGCCUUACUGUGAGAAAGAUUAUAUUGCUUUGUUCAGCACAAAAUGUCAUGGCUGUGAUUAUCCUGUUGAAGCUGGAGAUAAAUUCAUUGAAGCUCUUGGACACACUUGGCAUGACACCUGCUUCAUUUGUGCUGUAUGCCAUGUGAAUUUGGAAGGUCAGCCAUUCUACUCCAAGAAGGACAAGCCACUGUGCAAGAAGCAUGCCCAUGCCAUCAAUGUUUAAAAGAAGAGUUGGCAGUCAGUAAUGCUGGGGUAAAACAGAUGACUAACUGGGCAAUCAUAAAGUUGAUAACCAUGGCUAGCACUUCUCUCGGUAAAAGCUAGACGUUGGUACUUCUCAAGUUUAACUUUAUCCUCUUUCACAAAUGCAGAAUGUGCUUUUUGCAAAGCUCAUACAAAAACCUACUGAAUGAGCAGUCAAAACCAAAUGAACUCAUGAACUAGUCCAUUAUUAUAGCAAUAGUUGGGGGAAAUAUUGAGAUUAACUAAAAACCCUAUUAUAAAAAGUAAUGUGCAAAUAUAGUUUCAAGUUAACUUCCCCACAGCAGUUUUACUGCUUAGACCACACACUGAUGUUUAAAAACAACUGGAAAAAUACUUCUGUAUUAAGUCAUUUUCUUUCAUAGCAAGAAUGAGUAAGUGCCAUAUGUACAGUCAUCUGUAGAACCAAAGGCCGUAGCUUUCAAAGGGAAAUAAAUAGAUUAGGGCUUCCUCUAGGAAAAGUGAGUGCUGUUCCAUUAUGUUGUGGUGCUGCCUCAUAGCAUCAGAUAUUUUAGAUUCUUUCCAAAUAACAAGUCUGCCUUGAAUCCGUAUGUAGCUGGGAAGCCUAGGUGACAAUCCAUAACAAUUUGAAAAUAAAAUGGUUGGGUCAACCUCGCUAGUGCACUUGGCUUCUAUGUGCACAGUAGAUAAUUCACUUUCAAAUCGUAAUGGAAAAGGACAACUGGCUUUCUCCAAAUUGCUCUUACAUUGAAUGGAACAGAGCUGACUGGAAAGGCCAGCUUUUAAUUCAAAACCAUUUUCCUUUCUUCCUGUGGAAAAAAAAAGAGAUUCAAUCUUGCUUUGGUUUCUAAUUCCCACCAAUAUCAGAGGGAGGUAGGAACCUACAUCUGGACCUUCACACUAGUGAACACAGAAGAAACACAUCCAUCUAACACAGCUAGGUUGUGGGAGAGAGCUUGCAAAAAUUCCCUCCUCUAUCCCACAUAAUUAGGAAAAAGGCAUUUUUUUCCUAUAGUAAAUGAAUGUGUAUCAAAAAUCCGUAAGGCAGCAGGCACAUACUCUUUAUUCCUUUCCUUACUUUAAAUGCAGCACAUCAUGAAUUGUAGCAGUAUUUGCCAUUGGAAAACAGUAGCUAUGUUCCAGCAAUUAGGAUAACCAUACAGUCAUCUUUUCUAAUAACUAUACAGGCAUCUAUCCUAAUAGCUUGAGAACAACUUUCAAGUUGUUAUUUAUAAAACUCUUUUUUUCAAAUAAGCAAUAUUUGUAGUACUGAUGAUAUUUUUGAAUUUUUGACUAUCAGUGACUUUUAUAUGGGAGACAACAGUUCUGUCUGAUGGAGUUGAGAUGGAAAGUCUGAUCACUGUUCAAGCUUUAUUAACUCAUUUAAGUGAGAAUUAUGAUGUGUGUGUUGACAGCUUGCAGUACUGACAGUUUUGAAUUAGUACUUCUGAGGCUGAGGAUGCUUUCUGUGGGCCACAUGCUGGUGCCAUCUGCACCUAUUUUACCUUGUGUUUUGAGUAGCAAAAAAUUACAUAACAUUGUCUGUCUUGUCCCUCCCAUGGGUAACGCCCAUUUUAUUUGUGUGUCUUUUAAGGGAUGAAAAACUAUCCAAAGCUUAGGGGAGGAAUAAAUUUAGAGUUCUAAAAUAAGGGUUAAGUUAGCUGCAGGCAGUCUGCAUCUUGGACAAAAUUAACAACCUGAACUGCCUGUGGCAGUUUUGACAUGUAUGACCUGUAUUUAUUCAGUAGGUAUCUUAGUUUUCACUGAUCUUAGCAGUGAUCUGAUCUGAGUUGCUACAGGGUCAGAUUUUUGUAUGCAUGAAUUAUUCUAAAACACUAGUACAUUAUAUGCAAAGCCUUUUUUUGUUUGUUUGUUUGUUUUGGGUUUUUUUUUUUUCUGUAAGCAAGCAAAUUUCUCUUUUCAGUCGGUGCUGGGCUGGUGUGAAUAUGGUCCUAUAGAUUACAAAAUCCAAAGAUCUGGCUCAUAAUAUUCUCCAGAGGAAUAUAUCAUAAUUAUGGAAGUGAAAUAUUUUUUUCCACUCUUAUUUGACUUCAUUAAAUACAUAUUCACAACAGUGAGAAAAUUCUACAUUUCCUUUUCAUUUUUCAGUGCCAUUCAACAAAAUGCUGUUUAUUAUUAUCUGUUAUUUGAGAGAAUUCACAUCAGCAUAAUCGAUACUGAGACUGCACUGAAGAUAUUCUUUAGGCAGAUUUGUGUCAGUGUUGGCCACUGACUGGGACUAGUCUCUGACUGCAACAUCAGAACAGGGAGUCAGGCUCCAUGGGAAGGGCUUGUGAGGGAUGCCUCAGGAGAAUUUCAUGAGGUCUUUCACCUCUAAUCUGCAUGUGUUCAUAUGUGUGUGUCUCAUUCUCCCCUCCACCUUCCCCCUCAAUGUCCCUAUAAGCUUCCUCUUCGCUGGCACCAUGGAGGAUAAAUCAUUUUAGAUCUGGCCAGGGAUGUUGGGCUGCAGCUAGGGAGUGCAGUCUGUGAAGAGCUGCUGGCAGGCAGCGUGGCUGGGGCUGCACCUCCUCACAGCCCCUGGCGGGGCCAGACUGGGGUGGGCUGUGGGAAACCAGGCUGUCAGUGAGGGCAGGGGAGGGGAGACUGGGAUCGCACAGGGAGAGCACCUGAGGCUGCCAGAAUGCAGGGGCUCUGCAGGCCUCUGGCUGAGUGGCACUGGGGAGAUGGGGAGCCCUUCCUGAGGCUGGGCUUGGAGCAGGGAAUAGCCAGGUAAGGGCAGUUUCACCACGCUGGCAUGUCAGAGAGUUGGGUGGGGCAGGGGAGGCUGGGUAGGGGGCACCAGGAUCACUACAGUCAGGAUGAGGGCUUCAAGUAAGAAAUUAGGGUACAAGUAGCUCCCAAUAGCCCAGAGAGAUGGUUUGGAUACAUACAGAAGAGGUGAGCAAGGAUCCAAUCUGGUAAAUCUGAAGUCUGGACUGCAGGAAAGGGAAUGCAGUGUAUGUGAGCAGAGCUGAACUGGCUUGCAGGGUGGCAGCAGUGAAAGUGCAGCAGCAGAGACUUCAGUGGGAGCUGUACUGGCUUGAGAGAGUGCUGAAAAAUUCCUUGGGCAGAGAACCUGCACUGUAGCACAUGCCCUGACUCCAGCUGGUGUCUGAAAAAGUGAGAUUAAAGCUAGUUUACAUAUCACUGUAUGAGGUACAGCGAUAUCUCUGAAUGAAGAACAGAGAUACCCUGAGGAUUAUCUUGUAAUAAAAAUUUCCUGUUAUGACUUGUGCUGCUUCAUAAUGUGGUCCAAAAAUAGGGAAUCCACGUACCCACCCUUGAUAUCUAUAUUAAGAUAUAAUUUUUGCACAUAUCUGAACCAGAAAUUUGUGAAUAAUAAUGUAGCAUUUUAACUUUCACAGAGGUAUAGAAUACCACAUAACUGCUGAUACUCUUCUGCUACGUCACCUUUGUGAUAUGGAGAGUGUAAAAUGCUUAUAUAUAUAAUAAUAUAUAUCUCCAAAAUUCAAAAUAUGACCUUUUAACUAUCAUGGAAAAUAAUGUUGGACAAAAAUAUGCAAGAUGAAUAAUGUGUACUUGAUUAUGUUUUAUGUCUUGUAAGAGAUGCCUGAGAUAAGUCCUAAGUUCUUCGGAAUAUUUCUCUUCAUUCUAAUUAAUGUGAGGUUUUGCCCAAUAAAAGAAAGAUACUGUACCUCUGAAUGAUCAAUUAAAAAGAUCAGUCUUUGUCUAACUAAAAAAGUGUUCAAUAACUUUUCAGUCAAAGGAUUCAAAAGCUUUUUUUAAUGCUUUUCUCUCUUUUGGUGUUCUUUUUGCAGAAUAGGGCAAAUUAAAUGUUUCCAAAUAAGGCUACUUUUAUUAUCUGGACAAAAAACCCCCAGUCUUAGGACUUUUUUUCAUUAGUUUUCACUAUACAGGAUUCACAAGUUACACAAUUCUCAAUUCUAAAAUCAAUUCAAAACAAGGAAAAAUAUUUUUCCAUUGGUCCUUCAGUGGUCAGUACUUUGGGUGAAAUGUUUUGCUGAAGAUUACUUGUAUUUAUGUUUAAUAAUGUGAAUGUCUACAGCACUGAACACAUUCAUUAGUGUCUAAUGCUGGGCACACUAAUGGUUUUUUGCAAUACUCAUCUCCUGGUAGUGAAUAUUAAUUUGUUUAGUAUUUAUAAACAUCAGAAUUUGAAACUGAGUGAUUUAUUGCCUGCAGUGAUCAUGUAUUAGAAGUCUAGGUUUUAUAAUAUUUUGACAUGUUGACUUGAUGCCACAAGUGCCCUUGCUUUUAGAUAGAUAUUUUUUCCUAAGUUUCUAGUUAUUUCAGAACUGAAUGUCGGGUGGUUUAUGAGAUGUGAGUAAUUACCUUGCAUGGAUUAUCUGUGCCAACAUGAAUAAAACAGUCUAGUAAUAAAAGCAAUGUGCAAAAACAUUUAAAGCUUUAUGAUUUGGGUAUAUUUAUUAAUAUGCCAUGUGAACAGCUGACAGCUUUCAGCCAUGUAAUAUCAGUAAGAAAGCAUACACAAGCUUGUACUCUCUACUUCAGACCUGAAAAUAAAAAUUAAAAGCAUUGGUUUCACCUUUAUUGUA